CCAUAGUAACUCACAUCGAAGAACAGCUUAGCUCACACAGUGUUCAGACAUGGUUAUAUCUACACAUCUAUACUUUUAGACGUUUUCUAUCUGUUAAAUGUGCGGUACAUCUGUUGUAUCUAAAGUCCUCGGGAGCAGCUACUUCUAUUCCUGGUGACUUCCUACAGCUGGCAAGGCUAGACAAGUUACCGCUAUGAUCGCAUCUGCUGAAGAAGUGUCUUCGUCUCUGGUACGGGAAUAUUUGAGCCGAAAGGGAUUGGGGAGGACUCUUGCCUGCAUGGAUGAAGAGCAUCCACGGACAGAGUUCAGUAUCAACAAUAGAUCAAAUCUGAGACAGAUGCUCAACAUAGAGGACCUCUACAGAAAGAAUAAGGCUCAAAGUUUCCCUCUGAAAACAUUACUGGAGAUUAUUGUGAAACAUCACAUAGAACAGCUGGACAGUCACAAGACCGUCGGAGAGGACAGCAAACCUCUGAUAUGUGUCCAAACUGUCAGGUCAACAGCUGUGUCCGCUGCAGAAACACCAUCGAUCAUGGAUGAUACACAAGCAAAUCAGAUCAACCCACCCUUAUUUACGAUUAAACAUUCCCAAAAAGGGUCUGACCAAGAAAGACUAUCCAGAAAUAUUCAAACAGAUGUGUUGGCCCAUGACUCAGAAUACAGAAAAUCCCAGCCAUGGAUGCCUUCCCUACAGGACAAUGAGAACAUCAUCCAAAAACACUCAGACAAAAAUGCUUUCAUCAAUGAGGCCACUCAAAAAAGCAGAACUAACCGAGUUAGGCGAGGUAUGAUGGUUGGACCAACACCACAGGACUCCAACAGAAGAAGACAGAGUCAAAGGGUUGAAGCGUCCCAGACGCUGUUCAGAAGAGAAGAAGAAAACAAGUGUUCUCUGGAUGGACAUUUGGUGACUGGCAUAAAUCAGAAAAGCUUAGAAAGCACUGCAGCAGGUAUCAGCUCGGCCAAGGAGUUGUUAAAUGCUUCAGGGAGAAUACAGAGUGAAACCAGUUAUGGAAUAACAAGACAAAGCCCCCUGAACACAAAGAAACUAAAGACCAGAGCAAAUGUAUCUGAUUUGGAUGCGUCGGACAUGGUGUUGGAUGACAUUGAUGAUGAUGAUUUGCAAGAAUUCUCUAAAGUAUCUAUUCAGAGGACUGUUGCAGAGUGUCACUAUGCACGACGACCGAUGGACCAACACACUGCUAUGGAAUUGAAAACAGUUCUUCUUGGUUCCAGCUUAAAUUGUUUCAGUGCUGAGUGGAGAAAUCAGGGUUUCACAUUCUCAGAUGCAGAUGACCUAAGAUACGGGAUUGUACAGCGAAAGGGGGGUCCAUGUGGAGUUCUGGCGUCCAUUCAAGUAAUUGUUUUGAAGAAACUGCUGUUUGAAAACCCUGAAUUCACUGAAAACAGCCUUCAAUUAUUAAGACCCUCUAACACUGCCAGAAGAAAGUGUCUUGUUUCAGCUUUGGCUGAAGUCUUGUGGAAGGCUGGAGAGGAAAGACAAGCAACCAUCGCAAUCAAUUCAGGGACAAACCAUUUCAUCGCUAGUGGACAGUACAGAUCUGAAGGAGUGCUUGAAAAGAUAAUCUGCCUGAUUGUGGAUAACUUUAAAGAUCUGCAGUUAAUUCUGGAGCAGCAUAUUGAACAGUUUGAAACAGGGACAUUGGGAUGCAUUCUGCUGACCAUAUCUGCCGUUCUUACUCGAUCCAUUGAAAAAGUAAGAGAAGAUAUGGACAUGCCCACGUCCACACUUAUCGGUGCUCAUGGCUACUGCACACAGGAAUUGGUCAACCUGCUGAUCUGCGGCAAAGCAAUUUCUAAUGUUUUUGACGGCGACCUUGAGUUGAACUCGGGCAGCAGCAACACAACUCUCCUUAAAGGAAUCAAAAGCCACUGUGAUGUUGGUUUUCUGUCUCUAUUUGAACAUUACAAUGUCUGUAAGGUAGGAGCUUACUUGAAGACCCCCACCUACCCCAUCUGGGUGGUGUGCAGUGAAAGUCACUUCAGCGUGCUGUUUAGCCUACAGAGGGAGCUGUUGACCAAUGAGGACAAAAGUCUGGAGUUUGACCUCUACUAUUACGAUGGACUGGCCAACCAACAGGAGGAGAUCCGUCUCACAGUUUCUGUUGGAAAAUCCACACAAAGUCUCCAGGAAAUCGAUAAUGAUCUCAUCCCUCCUCUGGAUCUCUGUAUCCGAACAAGGUGGAAAGAUGCCGUUGUGGAUUGGAAUGACACAGAGCCUCUCCUCUGAGGCUUCACAUACUUAUUGAUAUCAUGUCGUUUCUGUUUUAUCAACCAAUUUAUCAAUUUUGAACAUUUUUAACCCGCACGUGUCUAGGUUUGUUUCAGCAGCAGCUUAAGCAGACAGACCCGGUCCUCCCUCUCCCUGGCCAUCUCCUCCAUAUCUUCUGGGAAGAUACCGAGGCGUUCCUAGGCCAGCUGAGAAAUGUUAUUCCUCCAUUGUGUCUUGGAUCUGUGUCGAGACCUCCUCCCAUUUGAACAUGCGCGAAUCAUUUCCCCAAGGAGCCGUUCCAGAGGCAUCCUAACCAGAAUAUUUGUUUAAAUUUCUGCCUUUUUUAUGUUUUGUUUUCUUGAGUAACAAUUGACAAAUUUGACAGUUGGACAGCUUUCAGCCCACUGGGGCUUAUAUGAGCAUUCAUGGUCUAUUGACUUUGCCUUCAUAUCAAUUAUGUUUUAGAAAAUGCUUGGUGAAUUCUCAGUUUUGUCAGCCCCCUGAUCUGAACUGAUUCUUGAAUUGUGUCUGGCUUCCCUCAAAGAUGGGUGGUUUGUGAAUUUCUGAGUAAUAUGUAUUCCAUGGCAUUUUUUGCAUUUUUUUUUACUAAAAAUAAAUUGUUUUAUCUCUCAAGAGGCAGCUGCUAACCUCCAAUCAGAGAUCUUGAUGAAAAAUAUUGAAUGAUAGCUUAUAAAAAUAAAUCAGUAAGUAGGCAUGUGCUGAUAUGUUUUUACAACAGUAUUACUGUGGCCAAAAGAAAGACACAAUUAUGAGUAUUGAGAUACAGUAUAUAGCUACAUAAAUAUUUCCAUCAAUCAUCUAUACCUGCUGGGAGUCAAAUAAAGAACCUUUUUGCUGUGGGCAAGAAAAUAAAAAACCAAGCCACCGUGCUACUCCGAGAUAGAUGUAAUACUAUCAAAAUAAACAAAAAAAACCCCCAGAGUAACCAAAACUGUAAAAAAGUGGAACCGAGAAGUGUAAUUGCAGCGGAUGCAGACAUUUUUUCAAAUUAAAAGUUUUAGCCACAAUGUACAGUAUAUGUAAUGGUGUAAUGUAAUUUUGGCAAUUGUUUAUAUGUAAAUGAUUUGUCAUAUACUGGUAUUAAUUUUUUACUUCAACUGUACUCUCAUGAGAAAUGACUAAUAACAUCCAUUUAUUUUCGAUACCCGUUUAACCCUGUGCGGGGUCAUGAGGGUCAUUACAGGCGAGAGGCAGGAGUUCACUGGUCUAUCACUGGGCCACAUAUAAAGAUAAAGAUAGACAAUCAUGCAUGCUCAUCCUCGCACUCACACCUAUGGGCAGUUUAGAAUCAUUGAUCAACCUCCAUCUAUCCGUCCAUAUGAUGUAAAAUAAUAUUUGUGUAAUAUACAGUGAUGUUAUUGUGACUUAUUUGUGUCGGUUCAUAUUGAAUUGAUAGAAGAUGUCAGACCAUGUGCAUCUUUUCUCUGUCAAGUUGCCUUUUUCUUGAUGUAAUUUUUUUUUGUAAUUAAUUGUUGCUGUUAUUGAAAGAAACCCAAUAA